GAGUGCUCUCCAUCCAUUGGUGACUACUUUCCUCUAGCUCUGUCAACUCCAUCUUUGCCACCAUGAGCCGGCAACUGAACAUCAAGUCUGGUGGUGACAAGGGUGGCUUCAGUGGGCACUCGGCAGCGGUGCUGAGGAAGGCAUUGGGUAGUGCAGCUUCUUACCGUGCAGCUGGCAAAGGAGCUGGGGCUGGAUUUGGCAGCCGAAGCCUCCACACCCUUGGAAGGAAUCAGUGCGUGUGCUUCAACGCGGCCAGCAGCGGUGUUUGGACUGGAGGUCACAGCUUUGGGCUUGGCUCUGGGUAUGCAGGGGGCCGGGCCAGUGGCUUUGCUGGCAGCAUGUUUGGAAGCAUGGCCCUAGGGCCCAUGUACCCAUCCAUGUGCCCACCUGGGGGCAUCCACCAGGUCACUGUCAACAAGAGCCUCCUGGCCCCCCUCAAUGUGGAGCUGGACCCUGAGAUCCAGAAGGUGCGCACCCAGGAGCGGGAGCAGAUCAAGGCACUGAACAACAAGUUUGCCUCCUUCAUCGACAAGGUGAGGUUCCUGGAGCAGCAGAACCAGGUACUGGAGACCAAGUGGCAGCUGCUGCAGCAGCUGGACCUAGACAACUGUAAGAAAAACCUGGAGCCCAUCCUUGAGGGCUACAUCAGCACCCUGCAGAAGCAGCUGGAGGCUCUGUCUGGGGACAGGAUGAGGCUGGACUCGGAGCUGAAAAUCAUGCAGGACCUGGUGGAGGACUACAAGAAGAGGUAUGAGGUGGAGAUUAAUCGGCGCACAGCAGCUGAGAACGAGUUUGUGGUGCUCAAGAAGGAUGCAGAUGCAGCCUACACGGUCAAGGUGGAGCUCCAGGCCAAAGUGGACUCUCUGGACAAAGAUAUCAAGUUCCUCAAGUGCCUGUAUGAUGCGGAGAUAGCCCAGGUCCAAACUCAUGCCAGCGAGACCUCCGUCAUCCUGUCCAUGGACAACAACCGGGACCUGGACCUGGACAGCAUCAUUGCCGAGGUCCGCGCCCAGUAUGAGGACAUCGCCCUGAAGAGCAAGGCCGAGGCUGAGGCGCUGUAUCAGAGCAAGAUCCAGGAACUGCAGCUGGCGGCUGGCCAGCAUGGAGAUGACCUCAAACACACCAGGAACGAGAUAUCGGAACUGAAUCGGCUCAUCCAGAGGAUCCGGUGUGAGAUUGCGAAUGUAAAGAAGCAGUGCUCCAACCUGGAGACAGCCAUUGCCGACGCCGAGCAGCGGGGGGAAAAUGCCCUGAAGGAUGCCCGGGCCAAGCUGGACGAACUGGAGGGUGCCCUACACCAGGCCAAGGAGGAGCUGGCCCGGAUGCUGCGGGAGUACCAGGAGCUCAUGAGCCUGAAGCUGGCCUUGGACAUGGAGAUCGCCACCUACCGCAAGCUGCUGGAGGGCGAGGAGUGCCGGAUGUCUGGUGAGAACCCCUCUUCUGUGAGCAUCUCUGUCAUCAGCAGCAGCGCAAGUGGCUAUGGCUACCACCCCGGCUCCUUGGCGAGCAGCGACCCUGGGGCCAGCACCGUGGCCAGCAGCUCCGGCAGCACCCGAAGUGGGCAGACCAGGGCCAAAGUGACACAAGCGGGAGACCCCAAGGACCCCCAAAGCAAGAGUGCCCCAGUUAGCGGCCCAGCCAGGAAAGCCACCCGGUAAAGCCUCAGGGCCCCACUCACCUCAACACCUGGGAGAAGAGAUGCUCUUGCGGCCGCCUCAUCCAGAAAUGUCUGCCACACCCAACCCCUCCCUUGAGUCCUAGGACCGCCACGCUGUGGCUUGUCUCACUGUCAGGUUCCCACUGGUGCCAUUAAAGCCCCAUUUCCCCAGGUUCUGUGGGGACUUUGCGACUUCCUGUUUUCUCUGCUGCCUUCAGCUGGCAGGAAGCUUUGGGUCACAAGCUAUAAUUACCUCCUUGGCCCUGGGAAGCUGUGAUCAUUGCUAGAGAGAAAGGAGAGGAGCAGGGAGAGAAGGAGGGAGGGGGAGGGAGGUGGGGGGGAUGGCAUCAGUGGAGUCAGCAGUUGUUCAGAGCUUUACUUCCUUUGCCACAUGGAGGGUGAACACAGGGACAUGCAACCAGGAGGUGAUGGAUGCUUAUAUAUGUUAAGUACCAACUACAUGCCAGGCUCCUUACUUCCACUGCCUCAAAUUCUCACUCAAUCCUGCAAGGCAGAUGCAAGCAGCAUCCUUGGGUCAGAUGAGAAAUUUCAUCCUCUGGAGGGCUGCAGAAUUUGCCUCUGUCACCCACUGAGUACCAGUGUCAGGAGUUGAGCCCAGACCUGGCUGCGUCCCAGGUCCAUGUGCUUUCCAUGGCAUGUCACUGUGUCUUUAAUAAAGGGAAUGUGAAGUUCACUUUUCUUUUAAUGAGGGACUUAUGUUGCCUUUCUGUCGGCGGGUAUGUGGUUUAUCUUUGGGCUUCUCCCUGGGGUUAUGUCUUGCAGUAGCUUCUGAUUCUCAAUUCCUGUUGCCAGGAGCUGUGGUCAAUGUGGGGGGAGCUUACUCUGUCUCUGGUGGUGCCAACCAGCCCGGAAGUCCUGGUUCUUGCUGUAAAUAUUUCUGAGAAUGGCAACACUUAGUCCUUCCUUUGCUUGAGGGAAGGACUCUGGAUUUCUGCUGUAUAUUCAAUAAACUGCUUUUGGUAAUGUCA